UUGCCAAGGGUCUUGUCCAAGCUGAUGUGAGACUUCUCGCAUCUGGAGGAACCGCCAAAUUGCUCAGGGAAUCUGGUUUCCCUGUGGAGGACGUCUCCAGUAUUACCCAUGCUCCUGAGAUGCUGGGAGGACGUGUCAAGACUCUUCAUCCAGCUGUCCACGGAGGUAUUCUUGCUAGAAACAACGAAUCUGACGAAAAAGAUCUUGCUGAACAAAACAUUGACAUGGUGGACUUUGUCGUCUGUAAUCUGUACCCAUUCAAGGAGACUGUUGCUAAAAUCAACGUGACCAUCGACGAGGCGGUUGAGGAAAUUGAUAUUGGUGGUGUCACUCUGCUGAGAGCUGCAGCCAAGAACCAUUCCAGAGUGACCAUUCUGUCGGAUCCUAAGGAUUAUUCCAAGUUUUUGGAAGAGUUGGCAACCAAGGGCGAUGUUUCUCCUGAGGCUAGACAGAUAUUUGCUCUGAAGGCAUUCGAACAUACCGCUGAUUACGACAGUGCAAUCUCCGAUUUCUUCAGGAAAAGAUACUCGGAGGGUGUUUCCCAACUGCCUUUAAGAUACGGUGCCAACCCUCACCAAAAGCCAGCACAGGCUUUCGUUACUGAAGGAGAACUUCCUUUCAAAGUCUUGAGCGGCUCUCCAGGCUACAUCAACUUGUUGGACGCAUUGAACUCUUGGCCUUUGGUCAAGGAGUUGUCUGCCUCCUUGAACCUUCCAGCAGCCGCUUCAUUUAAGCAUGUUUCUCCAGCUGGUGCUGCUGUUGGUCUUCCAUUGACGGACCUGGAAAAAAAAAUCUACUUUGUUAGUGAGAUAGAGAAUCUCUCUCCGUUGGCCAAUGCAUACGCUAGAGCCAGAGGUGCCGACAGGAUGUCUUCUUUCGGUGACUUCAUUGCGCUCUCCAACAUUGUCGAUGUUCCAACUGCAUCCAUCAUUUCCAAAGAAGUCAGUGAUGGAGUGAUUGCUCCAGGAUACGAGCCGGCUGCUCUGGAAAUACUAAAAAAGAAGAAGGGGGGUAAGUAUUGUGUCUUGCAAAUUGAUCCAAACUACACCCCAAAGACUACCGAAUCUAGACAGGUUUACGGUAUCACUUUGCAACAGAAGAGAAACGAUGCAAUUAUUAACUCUUCUUCGUUCAAGGACUUUGUCUCUAAGAACACUGCUUUGACAGAGCAGGCCUCGAUUGACCUUACUGUUGCUACCAUUGCUCUGAAAUACACACAAUCCAACUCUGUCUGUUACGCAAAGAAUGGUAUGGUUAUCGGUUUGGGAGCCGGACAACAGUCCAGAAUCCACUGUACUAGACUGGCUGGUGACAAGGCAGACAACUGGUGGUUGAGACAUCACCCAAGGGUUCUUGGUUUCAAAUGGGCUAAGGGUGUCAAGAGACCAGACAAGUCGAACGCUAUUGAUUUAUUUGUUACAGGUCAAAUCCCAACGGAGGAACCAGAAAAGAGUGAGUACGAAUCUAAAUUCGAGGAAGUUCCUACUCCUCUUACCGCCCAAGAAAGACAAGAGUGGCUCAAGAAACUGACAGACGUGUCCCUUUCCUCGGACGCCUUCUUCCCAUUCCCAGAUAACGUCCACAGGGCUGCAAGAUCUGGAGUGAAAUACGUUGCUGCUCCAACUGGCUCUGUUAUGGACAGAGCUGUUUUUGAUGCUGCUGACUCCUACGAGAUGGUGUACAUGGAAAACCCGAUCAGAUUGUUCCAUCAUUAAACACGUUUAAUACUGUUACUGCUAUAGUACUGUUAUGAUAACUGUAUCUCAAAAUAUAACCAAACG